GGGAGUUGGGAAAGGCUGCUGCAGCGGCUCAGACAUUUUUUGAGGCGAAUCCGGAUCAUGAGGAGAUGAGGGAGAACCUCGCGACGUAUCGCAAGAUGGAGGGAGUGAAACCGGAGUAUUUCCAGGACCGGGAGGCUCAGCCACACUGGGUGGCGUAUGUGAAGGGUAUGAGGUUGUUUGAGGAGGAGAGGUUUGACGAUGCCAUCGUUGAGCUGGAGAAGGUGCCCGGGGAGUUUCUCUCUGCCCUUGAGGAGUGCAAGGCCGAGUGCGAGGGGCCCUAUCACUCCGAGGAGUACAGCUACCUUAAAUACCAGAGUCACCUCUACGAGGCUAUCGCCG